GGGCUUGUCCUACGCCCUAGCGCCUUUGGUUGCUGGAAAGAACAGGAUGGAUCUGGUGCUGAGAAAAUGCCUUCUCCAUGUGGCUGUGAUGGGUGCUCUUCUGGCUGUGGGGGCCACAGAAGGACCCAGAGACCGGGACUGGCUUGGUGUCUCAAGGCAGCUCAGAACUAAAGCAUGGAACAGGCAGCUAUAUCCAGAGUGGACAGAAAGCCAGGGGCCUCACUGCUGGAGAGGUGGCCAGGUAUCUCUGAAGGUCAGCAAUGAUGGGCCUACACUGCGUGGGGCAAACGCCUCCUUCUCUAUUGCCCUGCACUUCCCUGAAAGCCAAAAGGUGCUGUCAGAUGGGCAGGUCAUCUGGGCCAACAACACCAUCAUUAACGGGAGCCAGGUGUGGGGAGGACAGCCAGUGUAUCCCCAAGAACCUGAUGAUACCUGCAUCUUCCCCGAUGGGAGGGCCUGUCCGUCUGGCCCUUCACCUCAGAGAAGAAGCUUUGUUUAUGUCUGGAAGACCUGGGGCCAAUACUGGCAAGUUCUCGGGGGCCCAGUGUCUGGACUGAGCAUUGGGACAGGCAAGGCAGUGCUGGGCACACACAUCAUGGAAGUGACUGUCUACCACCGCCGGGGGUCCCAGAGCUACGUAUCCCUCGCUCACUCCCGCUCAGCCUUCACCAUUACUGACCAGGUGCCCUUCUCUGUGAGCGUGUCUCAGCUGCAGGCCUUGGAUGGAAUGAACAAUCACUUCCUGAGAAAGCAACCUCUGACUUUUGCCCUCCGGCUCCACGACCCCAGUGGCUAUUUGGCUGGGGCUGACCUCUCCUACACCUGGGACUUUGGAGACAGUACUGGGACCCUGAUCUCUCGGGCACUUGUGGUCACUCACACUUACCUAGAGUCUGGCCCAGUCACUGCACAGGUGGUGCUACAGGCUGCCAUUCCUCUCACCUCCUGUGGCUCCUCCCCAGUUCCAGGCACCACAGCUGGGCAUGUGCCAACUGCAGAAAUCGUGGGCACUACACCUGCUCAGGUGCCAACUGCAGAGCCCUCUGGAACCACAGCUGUGCAAGUACCAACUGCAGAGGGCACAGGUACCACAGCUGGCCAAGUGCCUACUGCAGAAGUCGUGGGCACUACACCUGCUCAGGUGCCAACUGCAGAGCCCUCUGGAACCACAGCUGUGCAAGUACCAACUGCAGAGGGCACAGGUACCACAGCUGGCCAAGUGCCUACUGCAGAAGUCGUGGGCACUACACCUGCUCAGGUGCCAACUGCAGAGCCCUCUGGAACCACAGCUGUGCAAGUACCAACUGCAGAGGGCACAGGUACCACAGCUGGCCAAGUGCCUACUGCAGAAGUCGUGGGCACUACACCUGCUCAGGUGCCAACUGCAGAGCCCUCUGGAACCACAGCUGUGCAAGUACCAACUGCAGAGGGCACAGGUACCACAGCUGAGCAGGUACUAGCCUCAGAAGUCAUAAGUACCACACCUGCAGAGAUGCCAACUGCAGAGGCCAUAGGUACGACACCUGAAGUGUCAACUGCAGAACCCUCUGGAACCACAGUUGCACAGGUAACAACUACAGAGCUGGUGGAGACCACAGCUGGAGAGGUACCCACCCCUGAGCCUGACAGUCCAGAUGCCAGCCCAUUCUUGUCUACAGAAGGUAUUACAGGCUCCCAGAGCCCCCUGCUGGAUGACACAGCCACCUUAAUCCUGGUGAAGCGACAAGUCCCCCUGGAUUGUGUUCUGUAUCGAUAUGGCUCCUUUUCCCUCACCCUGGACAUUGUCCAGGGUAUUGAGAGUGCUGAGAUCCUGCAGGCUGUGCCAUCCAGUGAAGGAGAUGCAUUUGAGCUGACUGUGUCUUGCCAAGGCGGGCUACCCAAGGAGGCCUGCAUAGACAUCUCAUCGCCAGGGUGCCAGCCCCCUGCCCAGCGGCUGUGUCAGCCUGUGCCACCCAGCCCAGACUGCCAGCUGGUUCUGCACCAGGUACUGAAGGGCGGCUCGGGGACCUACUGCCUCAAUGUGUCUUUGGCUGAUGCCGACAGCCUGGCAAUGGUCAGCACCCAGCUUGUCAUGCCUGGUCAAGAAGCAGGCUUCGGGCAGGCUCCCCUGUUCUUGGGCAUCUUGCUGGUAUUGAUGGCUUUGCUGCUCGCAUCUCUGGUAUAUAGGAGAAGACGUACAAAGCAGGGCCGAGCUCUCCCCCUUCCCCAGCUGCCACCCGGCAGAACCCAGUGGCUACGUCUGCCCUGGGUCUUCCGUUCUUGCCCCAUUGGUGAGAGCAGCCCCCUCCUCAGUGGGCAGCAGGUCUGAGUACUCUCACGUGAUGUCAUGAUUUACCCAGCGUGGACAGCAAUGCCUAUCUUUUCUCCAGUCUUCCCUUGGAAACUACCAUUGCCUGAAAUAAAGACUCAGAACCUGGA